AUGGUGGUAUGUGUGAGGCUCGAGCCAUUGAUCUCUAUACUAGGUAGGUGGCCAUUUUGACACCGUUGAUUUCGUCUGCUGCUAGCUCCAUUUAUCAUCUAUGGCCGUUGACAGUUACACUUUUUGAGUUUCAUUUGUCAUCACGUCAAGUAAUGCAUGUAUUGUAUUUUAUGUAGCUAGCUAAUAUAAUACUAUUGAAAGUUGCACCAUGCGUAAUCGUUCGUUGUUGGCGAGUCUCACUCAUUCAAUGGCCUACUAGCAGUAACGUUAGCUUGUACGUAAUGCUUGUUUACAACCGAGCCUGCUAACUAGUUUGCUAGCUGCUAGCUAUAUUACAUAACUCUUAACUGCCCAUUGCCAUUCUCUUGCCUAAAUGUUGUUUCUUAACAGUGUUGAUCUGCUGCAAAGGUGUGAAGAAGUAAUUUGAAAAGACGGCUGAGAAGUAAAGAAGAACACUUCGUUUUGUUAAAUGCCAAGCCUUACAACACAACUUCAGCAACAAUCUCUUCUGCCAGAUGCUACAGCAAAGUCAGGAUUGUACAAUCUAGUAAAAGGCAGACAGUUGUUAGAUAUACUUUGAAAAUUAUAUGAGUGACCUUUUAUUAAGGAGAGUUGCCUCUGUAUGACUCGAGUAUAAUUUUACAGCUAAGAAGUGAGUCAGUUUACAUGAGUAUGUGCUUUGAAUGAAUGGUGUAUCUGACCAACACAACAGCCUAGGUUUUGCGUGUCUGAGGGUAAGAUAAAUGCAAGUGUGCACAGAACCAAAUCUCCAGUACAUUCUCUAGUGAUACAACCUCUACAAUAGCGAGUUAAUGAGAAUGUCAGGCUCCUUCUCACACCCCUUCCCAGAAGAGUCAGGAUUUAGUGUGUGUUGAUUGAUACUACUAACUAACACAAUGCUAGUCACAUCAUAGCUAUAGGCCCCCUUGGGUUUUGUUAUGUGACUGAACCGUGACCCCCCGUUUCUCUCUGUCGUAGCCCUCAGGCUGUGUGGAUGAGGUGAACACAGGCUUUUCGCUGUUUUCUCCUUGAAGCAGCACUGUGAGGUAGAUUUUCAUUUUUCAGAGAGUGUCCACUUCUGGAGACAGGAUGUGUUGGUGAGGAGGAAUCAGUGUCAGGGCCCGGCCGGCACAAAGUGCUGCUUCCAUACACCUUUUGAGAACAUAGAACAGUUGAGUUGACUUUCCUCACUGACUCACACAGACACAGAUCCCUACUACAUAUGCGUGCUUUUCAUUCAUGUCUGACUGAUUCAAUCGAAUCAUCUUGACACCGGCCAAGACCUGCAGUACCAAUAACUGUGCCAGUCUCCUUACCACCCUUCUUCACUCAUCGCCUCACCCUGGAAACUGGAGUUUCUCUCUGCCAGGGGCUCUGUCUCUCUCAGGCUGAAGAGUGGUCCUCCCUCCUGGUCUGCCUCAGCUUAACACACCAGGGCUGGGCCAGCGGUACCAAGCGGAACACAUACCACACUGACAGAGAGAAGGGCCACUGGACUACAGAGCUGACUACUCUGGGUAAGAAGGUGAUUUGUUAUGUCAUUCUGGUCAAGCUGUCAGUGGGUACAAUCAGUGUCCUCUCUUUAUACUGAAGUGAAAUGACACUAACUACCAAGUGAUUUGGCAGAGUUUACAUUUGCACACACUCAAAGAAACUGCAAUGAUGAUCGAUGUAAAUCCUAAUUCAUUCAAAUCAUUCAUUUUCAUUAUUUGGGUAAAGAUGGAUAAAGACUACCAUAAAUUGUCUGGCAUAAGCAGCCUGAGAUUAUCUUGCAUGAAACACCAACUCCUCUGAAGUAAUACCGAUUCACACUCAUUUCUGUCUGAUGUCUGUUAUUGGAGGUCUGGCAGUGAUAUCCCUCUUUCCUUGCCUCUCCAGAUCUUGGCCAUGAGGUUUGAUGCCACGCUCUACUGACGGGAGACACUGGACCUAAAUGGCGAAGCAUGACUUUGUUCCAGCCUGGCUUAACUUCUCCACUCCCCAGCCCGCCAAGGUAAGUGAGCAAGACCGGUACUGGCUGUCCUAGUAUGUUGCUCCUCAAGCAAGGGGGAAGGCUGAUGACAUCACGACUUCCCAUCAAAACCUUGAAGUUUGCAGUUGUCUAAAAAACACUAUUUUGCUGAAAAAGUUUUUUUUUUUUACACCCUUUAAGCCAGGUGUACACUACACGAUUUAGCUGUCCCAGACAAGUUUUUGAGAUUGGAGACAAAAUCCCCCUGUCGUUGCCCUCUCAUGGUGUGUGAGCUGGUCAGAGACGCAAUCUGAGUGCUACCGAUCCCGUCUUUGAGCAGUCCCAGACGUCCCAAUAUUUUCAAACGUUUGAUUUUAUCGGCACAAAACCUGCAAUGCUCUUGUAGUGUAACAUGUGCAAUGACAAGUUUUGAGAACAGUGAUCAGCAAUAGCCAAUGAGAGCUCGCCAGUGAGAUGACGUUGUUUUGAAUCACCCAGAAUGUGUAGACUUGAGCUGGAGCGAUGACUACUUGCGUUUGUACUUGCCAAAGUCACUUUAACCAAAGUCAGUGUCAAAUCAUGUCAACUCUGAAGUUCACAAGCAAUGUUAUUUAAUUCAAAAUGUUGGCUAGAUAUUUCAACUCUGUAUGGCAAGCGGGAAUGAGGCUGCGUUAACAAUCUAUUCACAUCAUCACGGGACAGCGUGGUAUGGAGAAUCCUCACGACCAAGUGAAGAAUCUUGUAGUGUGUGACCCCCGUCUGUGCCACAUCGUUUAGUGAGCGCACCACUAAGUUGGCAAGACAACAAACAACAGGAAAGACAGUCGUUUAAUGUGAGCGGCUCGGCGAUGUUAGGAUUUUGAAAGUUGUGUGUUGUACACCCGGCAUUAGUAUGUGUACUUUACAGUAUUUAUACUUGGAAUAUCACUUUUCAACCUUUAUCAGGAGUUAUCUUGAGCCUAUUUGCAAUGAGAAUCCAUGUGUUUAUCCAGCGGAAAUGCAGAAGUCUUUUCUUUUUCGCUGUGAUGCAGCUCGUCAAAAAUGUACGAAUACAAACUUGAAAUCACUGAUUAUCAUGACAAUUUAGCCCACUGGGUGAAACUCCUAGACAGCAGUUGUGAGUAGCCUGAUUUUCCAUUCCAGAUAUUGUCCAUUUUACUUUGACCUGUCCUGUUUUUAGGAUAUACUGUAUUGUUUGUUAACAUGUCAUAUUCAACAUUUUAAUUGAUUGAACGCCAUUUAGGUUAGGCCAGGGGUGUCAAACUUAAUUCAUCAAUCAAGUACGAGGGAGGAGCGAAAACCCACAGACACUCUGCCCUCCGUGGAAUGAGUUUGACACCUGUGGGUUAGGCUAUUUGAUGGGAAAAAGGUGCAUGAUGUAAAAAGUGUCUCAUUACAUUGUCAUAAAGUUGAUCUCCAGCCUGUAGGCUACAGAAAACACCACUCUUUCUACCGUAGGCUAUAGGCUACAUCAUUUACAAUGCCUUCAGAAAGUAUUCAAACCCCUUGACUUUUUCCACAGUCUGUUGUGUUACAACCUGAAUUAAAAAUGUAUUAAAUUGAGAUUUUUGGUAACUGGCCUACACACAAUACCCCAUAAUGUCAAAGUGGAAUUAUGUUUUUCGAAAUGUUGACAAAUGCAUAAAAAAGGAAACACUGAAACGUCUUGAGUCAAUAAGUAUUCAACCCCUUUGUUAUAAAUAAUAAUAAUAUGCCAUUUAGCAGACGCUUUUAUCCAAAGCGACUUACAGUCAUGUGCGCAUACAUUUUUACGUAUGGGUGGUCCCAGGGAUCGAACCCACUACCCUGGCGUUACAAGCGCCAUGCUCUACCAAUUGAGCUACAGAGGACCACCACUUGUUAUGGCAAGCCUAAAUAAGUUCAGAAGUAAUAAUUUGCUUGACAAGUCACGUAAUAAGUUGCAUGGACUCACUCUGUGUGUAAUAAGUGUUUAACAUGAUUUUUGAAAGGCUACCUCAUCUCUGUACCCCACACAUACAAUUAUCUGUAAGGUGCCUCAGUCGAGCAGGGAAUUUCACACAGAUUCAAUCAUAGGUUGUCCACUGCCUUACAAAGGGCACGUAUUGGUAGAUUUUAAAAAAACAGCUGACAUUGAAUAUCCCUUUGAGCAUGGUGAAGUUAUUAAUUACAUUUUGGAUGGUGUGUCAAUACAACCAGUCACUUCCUAAUUCAGUUGCCGGAGAGGAAGGAAACUGCUCAGGGAUUUCACCAUUUCACCAUUUCAAAUAUUGUACAAUCCAGAUAUGAAAAUCUCUUAGAGACUUACCCAGAAAGACUCACAGCUGUAAUCGCUGCCAAAGGUGAUUCUAACAUGUAUUGACUCAGGUGGUUGAAUACUUAUCUAAUCAAGGUAUAGUGUUUUAUUUUUCAUAAAUGUUAUACAAAUGUUAGAAUCUUUCUACCACUUUGACAUUAGAGUAUUUUGUGUAGAUUGUUGACAAAAAAUUACAAUUAAAUCAAUUUUAUUCCCAAUUUGUAACACAACAAAAUGUGGAAAAAGUCAAGGUGUGUGAAUACUUUCUGAAGGCACUGUAUGUUAGAUUAUUUUUUGACGAAACGUUGGUGGAGUGCCUCAGCGGUGCGUCUCUCCAACAGCACCCUGGGUACUACACGGGGCAGCCUCAGCGCUCACCUAAAUAGCCCAUAUGCCACUGGGUGAGAUAAAUGUUCAUUGUUUUUGGGCCGAAUUAUGUAAGGUAUAUGUGUUGUUGGAUGUUCGUCUUGGUCUGUUUAGCUCGGGAAAUGUUCCAGAACCUCUCUAGGUCUCUCUUACAGGGCCGGCUCGCCCUAGGCCGCUGCUGGGGGUUAGGACAGGACAGGCAUCCUAUAAUUCCUACUACAGACCAAGCUUUGUUUGCCCUGCUGUGCCUGGUUGAACUUUGACACCAAAGAUAUGUUGUGGUCUUGAAUGACCCAGGUAGUCAUGGCUGCCUGUCUCUGUUACAUUUUCAUUUUAGUCAUUUAGCAGACGCUCUUAUCCAGAGCGACUACAGUUAGUGAAUGCAUACAUUAUUUUUUUCCUACCCCCUAUGGGAAUCGAAACUGAGCUACAUCCCUGCCGGCCAUUCCCUCCCCUACCGUGGCAGAUGCUGGGCCAAUUGCGCGCCACCCCAUGGGUCUCCCGGUCGCGGCAGAGCCUGGAUUCGAACCAGGAUCUCUAGUGGCACAGCUAACACUGCGAUGCAGUGCCUUAGACCACUGCGCCACUCGGGAGACAUGUAGAGGAGGAUACACUAUAGUCUUUAUCACUACUUUCCAGUUGUAUCACUUCUUUCUAGUAGCACUUGUCGGAAUGCUGUAGCUGUUCAAAUCAUGGUUCAAAGUAAUAUGGAUGACAGUGUAGACAGUUGUUUAUUUUUUGGAGAUUUAAGAAGUUUAAAGAAUUUGAUGUCUUAGUGCAGCUGGGGGUGGGCCAUCCAGUGCAUUAAUACUGUAUGUCAGGGCAGGAUUUUAUCAGAUUUCAGUGGCAUUUGGUUUGGUCAUUUGGUGUUGUUGGUUGUGUCGUCAUGGUGCCAUGUAGUAUGUUGAUUUUGGUAUUAGGGAUGUGACAAAUGGACAAUUUUGCUUAACGUUUAAACUGCCAUUUUCUUUUAUUGGUGUUCCGUUAAAACGAUAAGAAAAAAUUCCACGUCAAUUUAAAAUGCAGAAUAAUGGUCGUAUUACGUACACUGCUCAAAAAAAUAAAGGGAACACUAAAAUAACACAUCCUAGAUCUUAAUGAAUGAAAUAAUCUUAUUAAAUACUUUUUUCUUUACAUAGUUGAAUGUGCUGACAACAAAAUCACACAAAAAUGAUCAAUGGAAAUCAAAUGUAUCAACCCAUGGAGGUCUGGAUUUGGAGUCAGCCUCAAAAUUAAAGUGGAAAACCACACUACAGGCUGAUCCAACUUUGAUGUAAUGUCCUUAAAACAAGUCAAAAUGAGGCUCAGUAGUGUGUGUGGCCUCCACGUGCCUGUAUGACCUCCCUACAACGCCUGGGCAUGCUCCUGAUGAGGUGGCGGAUGGUCUCCUGAGGGAUCUCCUCCCAGACCUGGACUAAAGCAUCUGCCAACUCCUGGACAGUCUGUGGUGCAACGUGGCGUUGGUGGAUGGAGCGAGACAUGAUGUCCCAGAUGUGCUCAAUUGGAUUCAGGUCUGGGGAACGGGCGGUCCAUAGCAUCAAUGCCUUCCUCUUGCAGGAACUGCUGACACACUCCAGCCACAUGAGGUCUAGCAUUGUCUUGCAUUAGGAGGAACCCAGGGCUAACCGUACCAGCAUAUGGUCUCACAAGGGGUCUGAGGAUCUCAUCUCGGUACCUAAUGGCAGUCAGGCUACCUCUGGCGAGCACAUGGAGGGCUGUGCGGCCCCCCCAAAGAAAUUCCACCCCACACCAUGACUGACCCACCGCCAAACCGGUCAUGCUGGAGGAUGUUGCAGGGAGCAGAACGAUCUCCACGGCGUCUCCAGACUCUGUCACGUCUGUCACAUGUGCUCAGUGUGAACCUGCAUUCAUCUGUGAAGAGCACAGGGCGCCAGUGGCGAAUUUGCCAAUCUUGAUGUUCUCUGGCAAAUGCCAAACGUCCUGCACGGUGUUGGGCUGUAAGCACAACCCCCACCUGUGGACGUCGGGCCCUCAUACCACCCUCAUGGAGUCUGUUUCUGACCGUUUGAGCAGACACAUGCACAUUUGUGGCCUGCUGGAGGUCAUUUUGCAGGGCUCUGGCAGUGCUCCUCCUUGCACAAAGGCGGAGGUAGCAGUCCUGCUGCUGGGUUGUUGCCCUCCUACGGCCUCCUCCACGUCUCCUGAUGUACUGGCCUGUCUCCUGGUAGCGCCUCCAUGCUCUGGACACUACGCUGACAGACACAGCAAACCUUCUUGCCACAGCUCGCAUUGAUGUGCCAUCCUGGAUGAGCUGCACUACCUGAGCCACUUGUGUGGGUUGUAGACUCCGUCUCAUGCUACCACUAGAGUGAAAGCACCGCCAGCAUUCAAAAGUGACCAAAACAUCAGCCAGGAAGCAUAGGAACUGAGAAGUGGUCUGUUGUCACCACCUGCAAAACCAGUCCUUUAUUGGGGGUGUCUUGCUAAUUGCCUAUAAUUUCCACCUGUUGUCUAUUCCAUUUGCACAACAGCAUGUGACAUUUAUUGUCAAUCAGUGUUGCUUCCUAAGUGGACAGUUUGAUUUCACAGAAGUGUGAUUGACUUGGAGUUACAUUGUGUUGUUUAAGUGUUUUGGGGAGUGUAUAUAUGACCCCUAGGGCCGGCAAUGAAGUUACACUAUAUAUCCAAAAGUAUGUGGACACACCUUCAAAUUAGUGGAUUCGGCCAUUUCAGCAACACGUUGCUGACAAGUGUAUAAAAUCGAGCACACUGCCAUGCAAUCUCCAUAGACAAACAUUGGCAGUAGAAUGGCCUUACUGAAGAGCUCAGUGACUUUCAACAUGGCACCGUCAUAGGAUGCCACCUUUCCAACAAGUCAGUUAACCAAAUGUAUGCCCUGCUAGAGCUGCCCCGGUCAACUGUAAGUGCUGUUAUUUUGAAGUGGAAACGUCUAGACGCAACAACGGCUCAGCCGCGAAAUGGUAGGCCACACAAGCUCACAGAAUGGUACCGCCCAGCUGUUCUCGGUUGCAACACUCACUACCGAGUCCCAAACUGCCUCGGGAAGCAACGUCAUUAUAAUAACUGUUUGUUGGGAGCUUCAUGAAAUGGGGAAAGAAGUAAUGUGGUGUGGGGAAUUUAAUGCCCACAACACACUUUGUGGGGGAAACGGAUGGAUGGAAAUGGCCAAGUGAUGGAAAAUCUGGUAGAAAUGAAAGAUCUGGUGUGCCUGAAUGAUGGCCGAGGGACCAAGAUUGAUGUAGCCACAGGGAAAGAGUCUGCCUUGGACCUCACUCUGGUAUCUAGUGCGAUGGCAGGAAUAUGUGAGUGGGAGGUAUGGGAUUUGACAGUAGGGAGUGAUCAUUACCCCAUAGUAUGUACAGCAGGCUGGAGGGAGGAGGAGGUGUUAGUGGAUGGAGUAGGCAGGUGGGUGUUUGGAAGGGCAAAGUGGGAUCAGUUUCAGGAGCUCAGUGAGCAGAUGAUGGCUCGGGUGGAUAUGAGAGGGGAUGUGGAUAGUAUGAAUAACUGGGUGAGAACAGCGUUAGUGGGGGCAGCUACUGAGGCUAUACCUAAGAGUUCAGGGAGGAGGAGGAAAGCAGUCCCAUGGUGGACGGAGGAGUGUGGGACAAUGGUGAGGAGUAGGAACAGGGCAUUUAGAGUACAGAAAAGGACGCAUAACUUCCAACAUCUGAUUCCGUAUAAGCAGGCCCAGGCCCUGGUGAGGAGAACUAUCCGUCAGGCAAAGAGGUCAUGUUGGCAUCGGUUCUGUGACACCAUUGGAAGGGCGACAAGUGUGGGGGAUGAUUAAGAGGAUGAGUGGGGUCAGAAGGGAGUGGGAUUAUCCAGUGUUGAUGAGUGGGGAGGAUGUGGUAGUAGCAGAUGAGGAGAAGGCAGAGAUGAUGGCCAAAGUGUUUGUCCAAGUGCAUAGCUCGGCAAAUUUGGCAGAGGGGGAGAGAGAGCACGAGAGACGAGCAUCCUGGAGUGCUGGAUAGGAGGGAGGAUGUAAAUGAUGCGUUGAAUGCACCAUUUACCAUGGCAGAGGUGAAAAGAGCAAUAGGAAAGGCUGGGUUAACUUCACCUGGGAAAGAUGAGGUGUGCUAUGUUAUGUUGGCCCAUCUUAGUGAUGAGGCACUGGAUAAGGUAUUGGCGUUGUACAACAGAGUGUGGGAGGAGGGGAAACUACCAGGCAGUUGGAAGGAGGCAGUAGUGGUACCAAUCCGGAAGCCCGGGAAGGACCCAACGAGGCCAACAAGCUAUCGGCCAAUAGCUUUAACAUCACAUGUAUGUAAGAUUAUGGAACGUAUGAUUACGGAGAGGCUAAUUUACUUCCUGGAGAGCAGAGGGCUAGUAUCGCCACAUCAGAGUGGGUUCAGGAAGGGUAGGGGAACUAUGGACCCAGUGCUCUGCUUAGAAGCAGUUCAGGAAGGCUCAGGUGAGCAAGGAGACUGUUGUAGCUGUCUUUUUUGAUGUGGAGAAGGCGUAUGAUAUGAUGUGGAAGGAGGGAUUGUUAAUCAAGCUUGAUAUUAUGUUGGUGGAAGAACGUAAAACUGGAUUAAGGAUUUCCUGUUUGGAAGGUCUAUCCAGGUGAGGGUGGGGAAGUCUCUAUCAGGCAGAUACCUGGUGGGUAACAGUACACCACAGGGGAGCAUGAUUAGUCCUCUGUUGUUCUCAAUCAUGAUCAAUGAUGUUUACUCUCAGGUACAGCCGGAUAUUGGCAGGUCGUUAUUUGCAGAUGAUGGGGCCUUAUGGAAGAGGGGAAGAAAUGUGCCAUACAUAGUCAGGAAGGUACAGGAAGCAGUUGAUGAGGUAGAGCGGUGGGCAUUAAUGUGGGGAUUCAGGUUCUCUGUAGAGAACUCAGACAGUGUUCUUUUUUUAUUUUUAUUUUAUUUUAUUUCACCUUUAUUUAACCAGGUAAGCCAGUUGAGAACAAGUUCUCAUUUACAACUGCGACCUGGCCAAGAUAAAGCAGGAGGAAGGUGGGGGAUGAGGUAUGCUUGAGGUUAUAUGGGAGAAACUUGGAGAGGGUGGGGGCCUUCAGGUUCCUUGGGGUAUACUUUGACAGUAGACUGAUCUGGGCAGAACACAUUGAGAGAGGGGUGGGAAAGUGUAAGAAGAUGCUAAAUGAGAUGCGCUGUCUGACGGGAAGGAGUGGGGGGCUGGGCAUUCCUCAUGGAGGACCAUGAAUGCUGCAUUGAUCCGAUCUGUAAUAGACUAUGGCAGUAUAGUGUAUGGUUCGGCAGCCCGGACCGCAUUGCAAAGGCUAGAUGUCAUACAGGGGCAAGGACUCAGAAUAUGUAGUGGGGCGUUUCGGACGUCCCCAGUGGCUGCAUUACAGGUGGAGAUGGGGGAUAUGCCAUUGCAGAUUAGGAGACAGCAGCUGGCAAUGAAUUAUUGGGUCAACCUACAGGGACAUGGGGUGUCUCAUCCUGCGAAAGGGAUUUUACAGGCAUGCUGGGAACAUGAGCGAAGACAGAACACGAGCUUUGGGUGGGUGGGUAAUACCCAGGCAAAGGAGAUGGGGCUGUAUGGAAGGGAGUUUAGUCCAACGGUAGUUAUUCCUGUAAAUCCACCAUGGCUACUCCCGCCUCCAGUAGUUGAUCUAGAAGUGUUGGAGAGACUACAGAAAGAUAGGGAGGGGGUUGAUCCAUCUGAUUUCUUUAAGAGACGUCUGGAUACUGUGUAUCAGGAUUUUGUGGCCAUUUACACAGAUGGUUCAAAAGAUCUAAGGACAGGACGUACUGGGUCAGCAUUUGCAGUGCAGGAAUGUGGGGUGGAAGUCAGGAAAUUACAUCUGGCUGUAUCUACGGCGGAGCUGAUGGCCAUACUGUUGGCCUUGCAGUGGGUGGAGGAAGUUAAGCCAGACAGAGUAGUUAUUUGCUCUGAUUCAUGUGCAGUGUUAAUGAGUCUCUAGUCCUUAAGCUCACAUAGCAGACAAUACCUGCUUUAUGAGGUGCUACAAACCCAUGGCAGGAUUAGACAGAUGGGUAUACAGAUAAGAUUUACUUGGGUCCCAGCCCAUGUGGGGGUGGAGGGGAACGAGGCAGUUGAUGUACUGGCUAAACAAGCACUUAGUAGUGGGGAUGUUGAUGUUGUAGUUUCAAUGAGCAAGGCAGAGGCAAAAAGCCUGAUAUGGACAGUGAUGGUGCAGAGAUGGCAGGAGCAGUGGAAUAGAGAUACUAAGGGCAGGCAUUUAUUUCAAGUACAGAGGAAAGUCGGCGAGGGUAGGUCGGCAGGAAGCAACAGAAGAGAGGAAGCUAUUUUUACAAGAUUAAGGGUGGGACACAGCCAGUUGAAUAAGACCUUAAAUGUGAUAGGAAAGCGUCCAACAGGAAAGUGUGAUUAUUGCCAGGGAACAGAGACCGUGGAGCAUGUAUUGCUACAGUGUGGGCAGUAUCAGAUGGAAAUGGAGAGGAUGAGAUCUAGUAUGAGGGAGAAGGGGAUACAAUAAAUUAGUUUAAAGAGUAUAUUGAGUAGAACGUCAUUAGAUAUAGUCUCAAAUAUUUUGUUAUCUUUUUUAAGAGCACCGGGGCAGGCAGGUAGGAUUUACUUUAUCCCUGUCUCUGGCCUACACUCCAGUAGGUGGCGGUAAUGCACCAUAACGUUGGAUGCCAACUGCCGAUAAACCCCACUGAAGAAUAAUAAUUAAUGAAAUGGGUUUACGUUGCCAUGCAGCAGCACACAAGCCUAAUUUCACCAUGCGCAAUGCUAAGCGUCAGCUGGAGUGGUGUAAAGCUCGCCAACAUUGGACUCUAGAGCAGUGGAAACGCGUUCUCUGGAGUGAUGAAUCACACUUCACCAUCUGGCAGUCCGACGGACGAAUCUGGGUUUGGCAGAUGCCAGGAGAACGCUACCUUCCCAAAUGCAUAGUGCCAACUGUAAAGUUUGGUGGAGGAGGAAUAAUGGUCUGGAGCUGUUUUUCAUGGUUAGGGCUAGGCCCCUUAGUUCCAGUGAAGGAGAAUCUUAACGCUACAGCAUACAAUGACAUUCUAGACGAUUCUAUGCUUCCAACUUUGUGGCAACAGUUUGGGGAAGGCCCUUUCUGUUUCAGCAGAAGGUCCAUAUAGAAAUGGUUUGUCGAGAUCGGUGUGGAAGAACUUGACUGGCCUGCACAGAGCCCUGACCUCAACCCCAUCAAACACCAUUGGGAUGAAUUGGAACACCGACUGGGUGCCAGGCCUAAUCGCCCAACAUCAGUGCCCGACCUCACUAAUGCUCUUGUGGAUGAAUGUAAGCAAGUACCCACAGCAGUGUUCCAACAUCUAGUGGAAAGCCUUCCCAGAAGAGUGGAGGCUGUUAUAGCAGCAAAGGAGGGACCAUUUUAAUGCCCAUGAUUUUGGAAUGAAAUGUUUGACGGGCAGGUGUCCAUAUACUUUUGGCCAUGUGGUGUAUGUCUACCGUAACCCUAAACAGACAUAGAACGCAUCUACAGUAACAUGUCGAUAGCGACAAUUGUUAACUUUUCAGACAAAUCAAAUAAAGUUACGCAUCAGGUCUGUACCUUUUCAGACAGUAGAAUUCUGCUCCGGGGUAAAAUGUAAUGUAUUUUUUCCCUGACAACAAUACACGUUGCUGAUUGAUGUGCAGCUAUGUUGUUUUUGUAUAUAUAUUUUUUAAUUGGAAGGUAGCUAGAUGUGUUUUAUUUCUACAAAUUGUCUUGGUAAGUCACGGUAUUUAACAAACUUUAAAGUACUUUUCUAGGAGAGAGUGGCCUGCUUGCAGCAGCUCGAGAUUAUUUGAUUGACACUUCUGGUUGCCUAGUGAUGGAUUUUUGUCAGGUUUCAGAAGCGGCAAACCUUCAUUACACACAAGUGAAAAUGUCUGUUCAUAUCACCAGAUAAGGUUUCGUGUCGUCAUUUUAAAAAAUGUAGUGUAGUCUACCCUAAUAGACAGACUAACAAACAUGCCGUAGCCCGAGUCGCUUUCAAGGGGACACCUUCCAUUAUGUCUGAAAAACAUUAUCGAUACAGGCUACUGUAAUUUAAUAUGAGGGUAAAACGAAAAGUAGGCUCGCAAGACUGGCCCGAAGACAUCGGUUCCAUGAAUAGGCUAGGAUAUUCUACACGCAACAGACCGAAGACUGAACACACACUUGCAUCAUUAGUGAAGAGACAGAGCAGGCAGGCCAGCGUGAGGGAGAGAGAGGCAGAAGCCUGCUCAUACAGUGGGGGAAAAAAGUAUUUAGUCAGCCACCAAUUGUGCAAGUUCUCCUACUUAAAAAGAUGAGAGAGGCCUGUAAUUUAUCAUAGGUACACGUCAACUAUGACAGACAAAAUGAGAAAAAAAGAUCCAGAAAAUCACAUUGUAGGAUUUUUUAUGAAUUUAUUUGCAAAUUAUGGUGGAAAAUAAGUAUUUGGUCAAUAACAAAAGUUUCUCAAUACUUUGUUAUAUACCCUUUGUUGGCAAUGACACAGGUCAAACGUUUUCUGUAAGUCUUGCUGGUAUUUUGGCCCAUUCCUCCAUGCAGAUCUCCUCUAGAGCAGUGAUGUUUUGGGGCUGUCGCUGGGCAACACGGACUUUCAACUCCCUCCAAAGAUUUUCUAUGGGGUUGAGAUCUGGAGACUGGCUAGGCCACUCCAGCACCUUGAAAUGCUUCUUACGAAGCCACUCCUUCGUUGCCCGGGCGGUGUGUUUGGGAUCAUUGUCAUGCUGAAAGACCCAGCCACGUUUCAUCUUCAAUGCCCUUGCUGAUGGAAGGAGGUUUUCACUCAAAAUCUCACGAUACAUGGCCCCAUUCAUUCUUUCCUUUACACAGAUCAGUCGUCCUGGUCCCUUUGCAGAAAAACAGCCCCCAAAGCAUGAUGUUUCCACCCCCAUGCUUCACAGUAGGUAUGGUGUUCUUUGGAUGCAACUCAGCAUUCUUUGUCCUCCAAACACGACAAGUUGAGUUUUUACCAAAAAGUUCUAUUUUGGUUUCAUCUGACCAUAUGACAUUCUCCCAAUCCUCUUCUGGAUCAUCCAAAUGCACUCUAGCAAACUUCAGACGGGCCUGGACAUGUACUGGCUUAAGCAGGGGGACACGUCUGGCACUGCAGGAUUUUAGUCCCUGGCGGCGUAGUGUGUUACUGAUGGUAGGCUUUGAUACUUUGGUCCCAGCUCUCUGCAGGUCAUUCACUAGGUCCCCCCGUGUGGUUCUGGGAUUUUUGCUCACCGUUCUUGUGAUCAUUUUGACCCCACGGGGUGAGAUCUUGCGUGGAGCCCCAGAUCGAGGGAGAUUAUCAGUGGUCUUGUAUGUCUUCCAUUUCCUAAUAAUUGCUCCCACAGUUGAUUUCUUCAAACCAAGCUGCUUACCUAUUGCAGAUUCAGUCUUCCCAGCCUGGUGCAGGUCUACAAUUGUGUUUCUGGUGUCCUUUGACAGCUCUUUGGUCUUGGCCAUAGUGGAGUUUGGAGUGUGACUGUUUGAGGUUGUGGACAGGUGUCUUUUAUACUGAUAACAAGUUCAAACAGGUGCCAUUAAUACAGGUAACGAGUGGAGGACAGAGGAGCCUCUUAAAGAAGAAGUUACAGGUCUGUGAGAGCCAGAAAUCUUGCUUGUUUGUAGGUGACCAAAUACUUAUUUUCCACCAUAAUUUGCAAAUAAAUUAAUUAAAAAUCCUACAAUGUGAUUUUCUGGAUUUCUUUUUCUCAGUUUGUCUGUCAUAGUUGACGUGUACCUAUGAUGAAAAUUACAGACCUCUCUCAUCUUUUUAAGUGGGAGAACUUGCACAAUUGGUGGCUGACUAAAUACUUUUUUUCCCCACUGUAUGUUUUGGUAAUCUGCAUCUCGCAAUGUCUUGUUUUGCAUACCUUGCAAAUUCAAGUAGCCUAAAGCCUCUUCCUCUGUGGUUUUAUUUUAAUUACACAACUUCCCCAGGCCUUUAUAUCCUAUCGGUUAUAACACGGAAAAUAAUAUGUUUUGUGAUAAUUGAACUGUGAUUUUAAUUAAGAAAAAACAUCGUUUUUCGGUUAGGGAUUUUUCUUAACGUUAAGGAUCCCAACUUAAUUUAAACGUUUACGUUCACUCCCCUAUUUGGUAUAUUGAAAUAGCUUGUGAGGUAUUGCUCUGAGUGGUUACUGAGGCUCUUAUAAAUGUGCCCCUCUGUCUCUCUUUCUGUCUGUCUCUUUCUCUAUCUCUCUCUGUACAUCUCUCUCUUUCCCUCUCUGUAUCUCUCAGUCCCUUGCAGCGUUUGAGAGGCAUGGAGAGAGUCUUGCCCGCGGUGAUUCUCGGCCCGCUGUGAGCCGCCGCCGCCAUAACUCCUCGGAUGGCUUCUUCAACAACAACCCUCUCAGAGCACCUGCAGGUAGCACACAUACACACACGGACUCACCCUACCUGACCCCAACACCCAAAUCAAAGUUUAUUAGCCACAGAUAUACAGAUGUUAAAGCAGAGUUGACCAGUAUGUGUGUGUGUUGGAUGUAUGUGGUCCAAUGUAUGUGGUCAGUUCUUAACCUUGAUUUUCCUUUCCCCCUCCUCUGGUUGCUAGGUGAUGGGUGGCACCAUCCCUCUCUCCUGCGGCAUGACUCUGUGGACUCAGGCGUGGCUAAGGGAGGGCAGGGGGGCCUGGGCAGCGGUCUCUGGGGGCAAGAGGGACCCCACCAUGGGCGCCACCCCAUGCGCCCUGUGCGGGAUAGGGAGAGUGACAGGAAGCGACCAGGGCCCCACCACCAGCGCAACGGGACCUUCCACCCCCAGAAAGGAGGCUUCCUGCCAGUUGAGGGAGGCCAUGAGGACAAGCUGAAGUUUGUGGAGGAGGAUUUUGUGGGUGCCCUCUCAUCUUUCUCUAGAUUGUCUUUGCUUGAAUUUAAAACAACUCCAAAGCUUUGGUUUAUCAGGCUGUUGCAGAGAAUUUUAAAAUUGUUAGCGACCUGCUGGGUUAUUACUAUGUUUAAAUUACUUCAGACAACGUUUGUUAAGUUAAGGGUGUUCUUGCUUUUUUCCUCAGCCCUCACUCAACCAAUCAGAGAGCAGUGGGAAGCCGGUGGCCCAGCCUCAUGCCGUAGGGACUCCUGUAGGAGUUUGGGGUGAGUACGGAGCUCUGCCAGUGACUGGCUUUGAAGGGGAGCAUGCCUGAUUGAUUGAUUGAUUGGUCGAUCCUUCCCCCACAGAGCACCCUCCUAGUGCCAAGCAGACCAUGAAUAAGAUGUUGGUCAUCAAGAAGGUUUCCAAGGAAGACCCCAACGCUGCUUUCUCUGCUGGUUUCGCCAACACGACGGUACCCCACCUAACCAACGGCACCAAAACCCCUAUCUCCUCAUCCAGUGUCUACAAGAGCCUGGUGCCCAAGCCAGCUAUCACCCCAACCAAGGUAGGUAAGCCCUAAAUAUAGUCACCUCCCCAGCCAAGGUAGGACCUCACUACUGCCAUCUCCUUAACCAGGACAGGGUAUAAUCACUAGUCACAUCCCCAGCCAAGGUAGGACCUCACUACUGCCAUCUCUUCAACCAGGACCGGGUAUAAUCACUAGUCACAUCCUCAGCCAAGGUAGGACCUCACUACUGCCAUCUCUUCAACCAAGACCGGGUAUAAUCACUAGUCACAUCCCCAGCCAAGGUAGGACCUCACUACUGCCAUCUCCUUAACCAGGACAGGGUAUAAUCACUAGUCACAUCCCCAGCCAAGGUAGGACCUCACUACUGCCAUCUCCUUAACCAGGACAGGGUAUAAUCACUAGUCACAUCCUCAGCCAAGGUAGGACCUCACUACUGCCAUCUCUUCAACCAAGACCGGGUAUAAUCACUAGUCACAUCCCCAGCCAAGGUAGGACCUCACUACUGCCAUCUCCUUAACCAGGACAGGGUAUAAUCACUAGUCACAUCCUCAGCCAAGGUAGGACCUCACUACUGCCAUCUCUUCAACCAAGACCGGGUAUAAUCACUAGUCACAUCCCCAGCCAAGGUAGGACCUCACUACUGCCAUCUCCUUAACCAGGACAGGGUAUAAUCACUAGUCACAUCCUCAGCCAAGGUAGGACCUCACUACUGCCAUCUCCUUAACCAGGACAGGGUAUAAUCACUAGUCACAUCCCCAGCCAAGGUAGGACCUCACUACUGCCAUCUCCUUAACCAGGACAGGGUAUAAUCACUAGUCACAUCCCCAGCCAAGGUAGGACCUCACUACUGCCAUCUCCUUAACCAGGACAGGGUAUAAUCACUAGUCACAUCCUCAGCCAAGGUAGGACCUCACUACUGCCAUCUCUUCAACCAGGACAGGGUAUAAUCACUAGUCACAUCCUCAGCCAAGGUAGGACCUCACUACUGCCAUCUCUUCAACCAGGACAGGGUAUAAUCACUAGUCACAUCCUCAGCCAAGGUAGGACCUCACUACUGCCAUCUCUUCAACCAGGACAGGGUAUAAUCACUAGUCACAUCCUCAGCCAAGGUAGGACCUCACUACUGCCAUCUCCUCAACCAGGACCGGGUAUAAUCACUAGUCACAUCCUCAGCCAAAAUAAUGAAUCACUACUUGACUUUAUUUUUUCCCUUUGCAGGCUGGUCCCUGGAAGCCAAGCGGGAGAGAAACCAAAAGCAGUUUUAAUUUAUCCGGCUGGGACUCCGCCUUCACCAGUCCUGCUGCCUCUGUGACCAAACCUCUUACGCCUGUCACUCCCCCGACCUACGGAACCCCCAAGGAGGUGAGUCUGACCUCUGACAGGGACCAGAGGGCAACUUACGUAAGCCAACAAGAGUGGGAGUCUGAAAACUGCUUUAGCAUUCCACCACUGACCCACCCUUGAUAUGAUACAAUUUAUUUCUGAAGACUUACAAUUUAUUUCAUAUGACCCUCUCCCCCCAGCCUCCCUCCAGCAUCACCUCUCCCAUCGACGUCACCCUUCCUCGUCUGAAGCUGAUGCGUCGCAGCACCGACCGGAAGAGUGAGUUCCUGCGAGGCCUGAAGGAUGAGAGGAACGGGGAUGGGCCCACCUCUACCAGUCCCUCAGACCCUAAGGAGAACAGAGGAGACUUACAGGAGAAUAUGAUCCCUCACACUCUCAGCGACUCAGACACAGAUCACCUUUCCAGCUCGCUGGAGGCAGAACACAGGUAAGUUGCACCCACAUGUACAUACCCUCUCUUCCUUCACACCCCUCAGUGACUCAAACAGUAAGAUCUUGAAGCUGAGUGGGGUGUGUUGGGUUGGGGCGCUGUAGAGCGGUUGACCCCUGGGGUCAGGGUGGGGCGACCAAGCUAUUUUGUGUGAAAGUAACGAGAGCCCUACAUUAUUAUGAAAUGAAUUCUAUGGAGGCUUUGCUGUUGCUUUAUGUAUAUGCAUGUACACUGUACAAAACAUUAAGGACACCUUCCUAAUAUUGAGUUGCACCCCCUUUUGCCCUCAGAACAGCCUCAAUUCGUUAGGGCAUGGACUACAAGGUGUCGAAAGCGUUCACAGGGAUACUGGCCCACGUUGACUCCAAUGUUUCCCACAGUUGUGUCAAGUUGGCUGGAUGUCCUUUGGGUGGUGGACCAUUCUUGAUACACACGGGAAACUGUUGAGCAUGAAAAACCCAGCAGCGUUGCAGUUCUUGACACACUCAAACUGGUGCGCCUGGCACCUACUACCACACCCCGUUCAAAGGCACUUAAAUAUUUUGCCUUGCCCAUUCACCAUCUGAAUGGCACACCUACACAAUCCAUGUCUCAAAGGCUUAAAAAUCCUUCUUUAACCUGUUUCCUCGCCUUCAUCUACACUAUUUGAAGUGGAUUUAAUACUUAAGAAUCUGAGUAACAUAAUACAAAAUCCCCAUCAAAAUCUGUUAGUUUAAGAUAGAGAUAUCCGGUUUUUUGCAUGGGCUGCGUCUCAAUCCACCGCAUCCACCUAUGUCGGCCUUAGGCAUCUGCAGUGGAAGGUGGCCGAGCUACAGCUGUGUUUGCCAGACAAUGAGUCAUCCCGAAAAUCAGUUCUCACGAAAACGCAUGUAGCGUCCAAAUGGUUUCCGUUUUGCUCUACGACCCCCACAAGUGUCACGGGACAUGUCGGAAGUCGGUAAUGCUGAUGUGCCAACUUUUGUCUGUAGCGUCCGAACCGUUUGGGCUUCAAACUAAUAUGACCCCAAUGUGGAUGGGGAGACUCAUUAACACGAUGGUGUUCUCCGUUUUGCUCUACGACUCCCACAAGUCACGGAACUCGUCUGAAGGUAACCCAUACAAACAAAUGGAAGUAUGGAGGUAGUUUUGUGCCAACAAAAAUAAGGGGUUAAAUAUGUGUCCAAAAAAAACCAUAUUUCCUGAGCUUCAUUACAUUUUUUUUUUCUUUUUCUCCUAGAUAUAGGACAGACACUUCAAAGCUUGUUUGACCAGUGUUAUGAUGAGUUUCUCAGGUAUCAAAUAAUCAUUAUACCAUAAAAACAUAAUAUCAACCAGUGAUCUCCUCCUCUUCUGGUAGGUUGCUCAAAGCUAUGGGCUGGCAGGAGUACCCAGAGAAUGAUGACAACUUCUUGCCCAUCACUGAUGCCGAGCUCCAAGAAUUUAAAGCUAAAACUGAGAAGGUAAAAGCUAUACAUAGUUAUUUACCUGUGUAUACAUGUGUUACUGUGAGCCUGUGCGUGGGUCUCUCUCUAUAGCUAGGUUUCCAUCCAAUUGGCGACAGAUUUUCAAGCAAAUAUUCAAAAAUUAGCACCAUGUGAAGUUCAUCAUAACUUAUUUUGUCUGCCUAUAAACCUUUCAUGCUUUUCCAUGUCGUGGUGGAAGGCCAUAGACUGUGGUAGGCCUACAAUGUGACAUAUCAUUGCGGCGUGACUCCCAAGUUUACUUCAAAACGAUGGCUAUUAUAUCAAUAUAUGCGCAUAAAGGCAUUUUCACCUCCAUUUCACCAUAUCCCACCAUGUCGAACAAACAAAUUGUCGACAUUUAUGAAUUUGGACCGACAUUUCCUGUUUCCAAUAGCCCUGUCGUGACUUCUUAUGUGUCAGGUCUGCAUGAAACGUUUGGAAACCUGGUUAGUGUUGUUAUUAAUCUAGCUGUCUGUUCUAGCUGAAGAGGAACGGGCUGGGCCAGAACGGUGUUCUCCUGAAGCCUCUUCUCAAGGGUGCGCCCCUGCCCCUGCUGUCCUGGAGAAACCCUGUUGAGCCUGAACUAGAAGAGGUCUCAGAGUCCGAGAGCACUAGCAGCAGCCAGACAUCAGACGACGCAGACACCUAA